CAAGCAUAAGAUAUUGACUGCCUGAAAUUCUGUGCGAUUUGUAACGCUGGAUGUUACUUGGAAACAUUAGACAAGGUCGAGACGUACGUUUCGAACAUUUCGAAUAUUAUCUUCAAGCACCUAUAACUUGGAAACAAAAUUUCUUACAUCACAAGUGCGCGAACGCACAUAAAACUUAUCAGUUUGCAAUUAUCUGGGAUAUAUAAAUAUCGAAUAAUUUUCUUACGAAGCAGCUUCUAAAGUGACGCAUUCAGAAUUUAACAUUGACAGUUUGAACUUCAAACAUUUUUGACAAAAUGGUUGAAAAUAAUCCAAAGAAUUUUACCAUAGAAAAUGGCAUCUAUAAAGGCCUAAUAAAAUAUAACUUGGGUAAUUAUGGAAGUCUUGGAGAACUUAUGUGGAUUAAUAUUAGCAAUAAUGGAGAUAAAAUUGCACAGAUAGACGCACGUACUGAAGAAACAGUGACGUACACGGAGUUGCAAAAUAAAAUCGUGAAAUGCGCUUUGUGGUUACAAAAACAAGAAAUAAAAUCUGGUGAUGUUAUCACUGUAUGCACUGAUAAUCAUAUCAACUCUAUCGUGCCCUGUCUUUCAGCAGCUUAUAUUAACGCAAUCCUCAACCCAUGGUACGAAAACAUGGAUUCACAAACUACAUUGUACUAUUUGCAAAUGACGACGCCAAAGAUAAUCUUCUGCAGCGAGAAAUCCGUACACGCCGUCUUAAGCGCGGUAAAAAAACAGAAUUAUAGUUGCAAGGUGGUGGUUUUCGGCAAGCACGUUGGUGCGACUUCGUUCUCCGAUAUCCUUGAAGAAUGCAAUAAUACGGAAGCGGCAAAUUUCCGUUAUGUUAAACUCGACGAUAUCAAGCAGACAGCGUGUAUUAUGCAUUCCUCGGGUACCACGGGGAUGCCAAAGGGCAUCGAGCUGUCCAACUACUCUAUGAUAGCUCUCGUUCAAACAAACAAUAUGAACUUGACCAGCAAACCAACACUUUGGUACUCUAGUCUAUAUUGGUUGACUGGGAUAGUAAUGAACUUCUGUGGGAUUGCACAAAGUUUCACAGCAAUCAUCUAUCCGGAAUUUGACGAGGAGAUGACCUGCCGAUUGAUUGAGAAAUACAAAAUACAAGAUAUGUUCCUUAGCACAAACAUGAUCAAUCGGUUACUUAAAUCCGGUUGCGUAAAGAAAUAUUCAUUAUCAUCUUUAAAAUCCAUAAAAUGUGGUGGUACAUCAGUUAAGGCGAUAGUACAAGAAGAAUUGAAACGUAUUUUGCCACAUGUUCAAAUAUUGCAAGGUCUCGGAAUGACAGAGCUUGGUGAUGUCGCACUAAUGCAACUACCAAAUAGCAAGAACGGAUCUUGUGGAGUGCUAGUCAAGAAUGUACAAAUGAAGAUCGUGGAUCCAGAAAGCGGGAAAAUACUUGGUCCAAAUCAACCAGGAGAAAUAUAUUUUAAACACCAAAGCAUAAUGACUGGUUAUUAUAAAAAUCCUGAGGCGACGAAAAACGCAGUGGAUGAGGAAGGAUGGGUACAUUCUGGUGAUAUUGGUUACGUAGACAAAGACGGAGAAGUAUUUAUUGUUGGUAGAAUAAAAGAAUUGAUAAAGUACAGAAAUUAUCAAGUAUCUCCUGGAGAAAUCGAAAAUGUUUUACAUUCACAUCCAGCAGUGUUGGAAGUUGCAGUAAUAGGAGUGCCUCACGAAAUAGAUGACGAACAUCCUCUUGCCUUCGUCAGUAAGAAGCCUGAGGCUAAGGUGACAGAACAGGAAUUGAUAGACUUUGUAGCAAAGAAUAUGACUGAUAUCUAUAAACUACGUGCCGGAGUGAUAUUUUUGGACCGCUUUCCAUAUACGGCUACAGGGAAAAUGUCGAAAAAAGAUUUGAAAGGAAUGGCAAAAGAACUGUUAAAAUAUAAUGACUAAUUAAUUACAAUUUUUUCAAAAAUAAAAAAUUUGUAAAUGUGCAUUUCUCUAACGGGAUAUGAUAUUGAACAAAUAUUCAGAAAAUAGUUAAUUUAAUAAAAUGUAUAAAUGUGAAUUAUAUAUUAUACUGUUAUUAAAAUCUAGUUCUGAAAAUAGUAAUCCUUCUAAUUUCUAGAAAAUUUUGAUAUAUAAUAAGAGAACAUAGACCAAUAUAUGUAUGAAGACAAAAAUAAUUUAAAAUAAAAUUUAUUCAGUUA